AUGGUAACCCUAAACAGAUCGAUUUCAGUGUUCGUAUUCAACUUCAACUGGGACAAAGAAGUUGAAUGGUAUAAGGUACAAUUGGUUUGUGGAGGCAGGUGGAGAGAGAAUGAUAGCGACAGAGGGAAAAGUAGACGACGAUGGAGUAAAAUCAGGUCUCCAUUGGGAAGAAGUAGAUGGCGAUGGAAGAAGACACAAAAGCUUGGUAUGACAACCGAAUCCACAGAAGAUGAAGAUGAACGAAUUCCUAAAACACCUGAAGUAAAUCUUAACAAGGAAAGUUCAACUCCUGAGCAGACAAUGGUCAUACCACCCAAAGAUUUGUCUUCCAGGUCAUCUCAUGAGGAGGCAAGAACUUCAGACAUCAAUGCAAACAUAUCUCAUACAGAUGUAAAUGUCAACAUAGGUGAAAUAGAUUCGAAUACAGACGCUCAAGCAAAGGUAGUGAGUAAAGUCUCUGGGAUAGUUAGAGACUCGGAAUCAAGAAUUUUGGAGAAGGCUGAUCAUAAUGAUCAAAACAUUGAGCUAAGGGUGAAUUCUCUAAAUUCAACAUUUUUGGGGGAAGUUAAAGAAUUAAAGAGACUGGAGAAGGACUGA